GAAUCGUGAAACUCCUCGUUUGGCGAACAUGAGCGACCUCACAGCACAGCACAUAGGGUUUCUGGAUCAACACUUGGGAACCAAACGAGACCUGUUCCACCAAUCAACACGUGUUCUUUACUCCUCCCUGACACAACAAUGCUCUCAACUGGAGUCUCAUAUACAGAACCUCCUCACUAAACGCGCCGUUUCGUGGAUCUCUCGCUCCUUCAAAGCCAAAUCUUCCCUCCAACAACUCACUUUCAACCUUCAAAAUCUCAGCCUCCGCACUUCUCCACAUGGGAUUGGUUCGAAGAGGUUUCAGCGGGUUUUGAAUGAGGAGCUUCCUCGAUUGGCCAAGGAAUUGAACCGAAUUGAGUCUGUUCGGAGUUAUCUUCAGGCUGCUGUACAGUUGGAAGCUCUGGUUGGGGAUCUUGAAGAUGCUGCUCUCUUUGUUAUGGCUUGCCACACAGGGAAUAUGUUUUCAGUGAAGCUCUCGAUUUCAUCUAUCUCUGCAGAUACUGCUAGAAAGCAUGACAAGUUACUUCAAGCCAUAAAAUACAUGAAUGAUAUUGAAGAAUUAUUGAUCACUGCUGUGAAAUUCCAUCCUCAGUGGCAUUGUCUUCUGAGGUCUGUUGACAUUAGAGUAGAUAAAAUCGUGGCUGCUCUCAGGCCACAAGUUUUUGCAGAUCAUCGCGCUCUUCUUGCCUCUCUUGGGUGGCCCCCAAAACUGAUUCCGUCAAAAAAUGAAAGUGAACAAACCACAGGGCUUCCUAAUCCUUUAGUUCUAAUGCAAGAAGAUAAAAGAAGAAAUUACUCUCAAAGUUUUAUAGCUCUUUGUGCUUUGCAACAUCUUCAAAAUAGGAGGGAAGAAAGACAGCUUAAUAAUCUUAUGAAAAGAGAGAAGCAGAAUAUACAGCUUUGGGCCAUUGAUGAACUAGUGUCUCCAAUUGCAUCAAGGAUGGAGUACCAUUUUGCCAAAUGGACUGAGCAGCCAGAAUAUAUUUUUGCUCUGGCGUAUAAGGUUACCAAAGAUUUUAUUACAGGAGUAGAUGAUGUCUUGCAGCCUCUUAUUGACAAGGCAAGGCUUAUCAGUUUUAGUGCCAAGGAGGCAUGGGUCUCUGCAAUGGUCCGAAUGCUUUCAGGCUUUCUAGGGAAAAAAGUUUUCUCCUUUCUUGCUGAAAGAUACAAAGUAAAGCAUUUGAAACCUGAAACAUUAUCUUCAUGGCUUCACCUCAUAGACCUUAUCAUUGCUUUUGACAAAAGGAUGCAAUCUCUUGUCAAUCUGGAUACUUGCUUUUUGGCAGAGUCCGAAAGUUUUGAAGGGCUCUCAAGUGGCAUGUCAGUGCUAUCAAUAUUUUGUGAUAGGCAUGAUUGGUUGAAGAUCUGGGCAAAAAUAGAAUUUAAAAAUGCCUGGAAGAAACUUAGUGCAGAACUAAAAGAGGAAAAAGCAUGGGUAUUUUCUAACAAAGGUAAAUCUGGGGUUGACACUGAUCAGGAAUAUCUGCUAUCUACUAUAGAAGAUCACAAAGCUCCACCUAUUGCAGAAUCGUUCCUUAAAAUUAUCUGGGAAAUGAUUGAACACUGCCAAACUAUGCCAUCCAUUUUAUCACGUGCACAAUUUAUUAGAUCUACGACAGGAAGAUUCCUCUGGUAUUUCUUUAAGAUAUUACUUUUGCAGUUCAAGGGAACUGAAUUGUGUCCUGAUAAUUCUGAUGAUGUUGCCAUAGUUAGAGCGUGUAGGCUAAUAAAUGCUGCCAGAUAUAUUUGGGUUAAACUGCAAGAAUGGAGCGACACUGUGGAUUUUUUGGAGAUGAAAAUUGCUGAAAAUGAUUCUGGCAAGUGCAUCCCAGAUGAUAUAAUGGAUAAGGGCUGCUUUUAUGAUGAAGAAAUAAGAAGCUUGUCUGAAAUGGAAACCAACUGGCUUAUGGAUAUUAUUGUUGUUGUUCUUCGACAAUUUGAAAUGCUUUCUUGGGAAUAUGUUCAAAACAAAGAUAAUUUUGAGGAAGACCAAGAUGAUACAAAUCUAGUUAUUGUAGAAGAGGCUGUUGAUUUAGUAGUCUCCAUUGAUUUUGUUGAAGCUUUAGAUAUUUUAAAAAGUAGGCUUAAUAUUGUCAAGAUAAAUCUCAAUACCAAGGAUUUCUUGGAUUUGUGGAGAAGUAUUGCUGAAGGAUUAGAUCACUACAUUUCGGGCAGCAUGGUCAGAAGUGAGAUUCGGUUCUCUAAGAUGGGCAUCAAUCAAUUUGAAGCUGAUAUGCAAGCAUUAAUAUUUAUUUUCCAGCCUUAUUGUGCUCGCCCACAAGCAUUUUUCCCUUGUAUUAAUGAGAUUCUUAAGCUCUUAAAACUGAAAAAACAAGAGGUAUAGCUAAUGCAAGUAUUUCUGUCAAACGAUGAAAAUGGAUCAAAAUGGUUGCAUCUUUAUGGAAUUUCUCAUCUAUCAGUCAGUCAAGUUUUUGAAGUUCUUAGAUACAGAUAUUGGGCCACUUGAUUUAUACAAUAAAGUGGUAAUUGCCCUUGGGCAAGGAAAAGAACUUCCUCUGUUUGUGGUUUACAGUAUCCAUAAAUUAUUGGGAAAGUGUCACUGAUGACUGAUCCAAAUAUUCUGUGUGUAAUUGAAUAAGCACUAGACUUUUCCUUUGGGGACGGGUGAUUAAUUGGGGUGUGGGAAGAAGUUGUUGAGAAUUGUGACGCAGGAGGGACAAUUUUUAUUCUGCAGUGAGCUUUCCCUCUCCUUCACUUUCUCUUGCUUUGCCCAAGAGCCGUGAGAUCUUCCCAAAACAUGUAAGGUUAUUUACAAACAUUCCAGAACCCAGCAAUAUUAUUACAAAAAUCAUCUUAUUUCCUAUCCCCCAUCAAGCAAACAGUGCUCUGAAAUCACUAAAUGCGCUGUCCAUGGACUUCUCAUUUCUUCUUAGCUAAAUAAAGCUUUUGACAAAGCAUGUAUUUGUUUUAGCUUUUCAACACCCCCAAACUGUCAUUUGCUUGAAGAAAAAAAUUUGUUGCUGAGAAAAAGUGUAUUGAACGGUGUGCUGCAUUGGCAAAAAGUGUAAACCAAACGUGCUGAAACUCAACUACAAGCUGCAAAAUCUGAGCUCUUGGUUUUAAACAUGGGGGUGUUGAAUGAAGAACUUCCUGAUUGACCAAGUUGAGCCUAUUUGAAGAUAUGUUGGUGAGUUAGGAGAUUUCCAGUUUGAGGCAUUGUUUCAAACAAUUCUAUGCUCCAUUUUAUAUGUAAUUAGUGCUAGAAUAUUAGCUCUUGGUCAAGUAUAAUUAUGUUGAUUAUCUACCGAUUAGGCUAUAAGUUAGCCUCUGAUUAUUGGGCUGUAAGUUAGCUUCUAACUGGCUCCAAAGUU